AUGAUAGGGGAAUUUGUCCUGCGCCUUUUAUCUACGGAAUACUCCUCCAAUCAGCCAUCCACCUCAGGGCACAAAGUAGUCCUCAGUGUCGCUGUGUUUAGGCAGCACAAUAUAAUCGCCGGGGAAGCGAGCCAGUUUUUUGUAGGAGCGGCAUGGCCCUCUACCGAUCUUGCGUUAGAAUGUAUAACGGUGCACCCCACAAUUGCAACAGACGUUCUGAAGGCCAAAGAUGGAGCUCGCCUCAGGGUCAAUAAACUAGAAACAAACGAAAUCCAGCGAGCGAAGCACCUAUAUCUGUCAGAAGUCUAUAGUGCAACGAGCUCUAAUGUGUGGACCAGCGAACGAGCGACUACAGGAGAAAACUCUCAAGAAGGGACAACAGUCAACAUGAAAUACGUCUGGAAGGGACGAGCCGUAUACUUGAAAUGGGAAGGAAGGAGUAGGACAUUUCUUGUCACAAGGGGGAAAGCACGAAACAAGAAUUUGGAGGGCCACCUCCAGACGCUGUCUCUUUCGAAUUCUGCUAUGAUGGAAGGAGAACCCGUCUGGGUGAUAGGGUGGGAUUGUAUCAUCGAGAUUCUUCCUGCCUCACAAAUUCCAGAGGGAACGGUCCAUGCAGUCAUAGAAAAACCUAUUCCUUCAACCCCUUAUGAGAGUGUGGGCGGCCUUUCCCGUCAAAUCUCCCAAAUACGGGACCUCAUCGAGAUACCUCUGACUCGUCCGUCACUCUUCUCUCAUUUCCAUCUCAAGCCGCCCAAGGGACUACUACUCCAUGGCCCGCCGGGAACUGGGAAGACGCAUUUGGCGAGGGCAAUCGCACAAUCGACCAAUUCCAACUUUAUCGUAGUCAACGGGCCCGAGUUAGGGAGUGCAUAUCAUGGAGAGAGUGAAAAAAGGUUGAGAGAAGUGUUUGAAAGUGCCCAAAAGAGUGCUCCAUGUAUCGUCGUUUUAGACGAAGUGGAUGCCAUGUGUCCACGGAGGGAUGAUGGGGGUGACGGUGGUGAGGUGGCGAAGCGGGUCGUCGCUACCUUAUUGACAAUUCUGGAUGGUAUGGAAGCGCAAGAAGAUUCGGACCAACCCAAGGGAAGGGUCGUCGUUGUAGCCACCACAAAUCGGCCCAACGCAAUCGAUCCAGCUUUGAGACGUCCUGGGAGAUUCGACAAAGAGGUUGAAAUCG